CCUGCCUUUCGCUGUGCGCGCUCCCGCCUCUCUGACCGUGCGCCUGCUCUCACGUGUUUUCUGUGUAUAAAAGGGUCUCAGUCUCUGUUGAACAUGUCCAGUGUGUCACCAGACAAACGGCGGAAGAUGGAGUCGGCGCUGACCCAGCUGAAGAAGCACACGGUGGUGGUGGCGGACACCGGGGAUUUUAACGCCAUCGAGGAGUACAAACCUCAAGAUGCCACCACUAACCCGUCUCUGAUCCUGGCUGCUGCUAAGAUGCCAGCGUACCAGCACCUGCUGGAUCAGGCCAUUAAGUACGGCAUCGCUAAAGGCGGGAGUGAAGAGGAGCAGGUGGCCAACACCAUGGACAAGCUGUUUGUGAGCUUUGGGCUCGAGAUCCUCAAAAAGGUUCCAGGCAGAGUCUCAACAGAGGUCGAUGCCAGGCUUUCUUUUGAUAAAGAUGAAAUGGUUGCCAAGGCUCUGAGGCUCAUUGCUCUGUAUGAAGAGGCAGGCAUCAGCAAAGAGCGUGUGCUCAUUAAGCUGUCCUCAACAUGGGAAGGAAUUCAGGCUGGCAAGGAGCUGGAGCAGAAACACGGGGUGCACUGCAACAUGACCCUGCUGUUCUCGUUCGCUCAGGCUGUGGCCUGUGCAGAGGCGGAGGUGACUCUCAUCUCGCCCUUCGUUGGACGCAUCCUUGACUGGUACAAGGAGAACACGGACCGCAAAACCUACGAGCCGCACGAAGACCCAGGUGUGCAGAGUGUGACCAAGAUUUACAACUACUAUAAGAAGUUUGGCUACAGCACCGUGGUAAUGGGCGCCUCCUUCAGGAACACGGGGCAGGUCAAGGCCUUGGCCGGGUGCGACCUGCUCACCAUCUCCCCUGGGCUGCUCGCAGAGCUCAGUCAGGACCACAGUGUCGUCACACAGACGCUCACUGUAGACAAAGCAAAGGCCUGUGACCUGGAGAAGAUCCACCUGGAUGAAAAGGAUUUCCGCUGGCAGCACAACGAGGACCGCAUGGGUGUGGAGAAACUGUCUGAUGGCAUCCGCAAGUUUGCUGCAGACGCCAUCAAGCUGGAGACCAUGAUCAAAGAGAAAUUGCUCAAUGUAAAAAAUGGCCAGUAAAGGACAGACCUGCCGUCUCCAGCUGUGGGCAACCACUUGAAAGGCAGCCUCCUUUGUCCCGCCUGUCUGAGAGGAGGUCCAAAGCACUACCGAGCUCCCCUCUGCUGGUCCCACCAAACUCCAGACCCUGAGAGCACCUUUCCUCUCUCAGGCUGGGUUUGACUGUUUUCUGACCAAACAUGGCUGGAGAUUGAUGCUAGCGUGUGGAGUUGUUGUAAAAUAGUCCAUUUAGUUUGACAGAAACGGACAAAAGAAACAACUUUGCAGAAUAAACGUCUUAAUGAGACUUGCUCUUGUUGAAUAAUGACCUUGGACCAUGAGCACUUUUUGGACCACAGUUUUCUGACCAACAUUUGUAAACUGUAACCGUUUGCUCCUUCAAUAAAUCAAUAUCUCAGCCUUCA